AUGUGGCUGACUGAAUCGGGUCUCACCACAAGAGCAAUGCAGCAUGAAUUGGCUCAAAACUGGGGAAUUAAUGCUACGGUUUUGUAUGAUCAGUCUCCUGACUUCUUUCACCCAGCUUCGCUGGAGGAGAAGCAUAAGUUGUUUUGUAGAUUAAAUGAGGACUUUUGUCGGCCUCUUGGUGUUAGAGAUUGCGUUUGUAAUGGAAAUCCAUUGAUGGGUAGUCAUCCCCAAAAUGAGACUGUGUUUACAACGGAGGUUGGUUCAAACAUAUAUUUGAAGCCAAACAGGCCGGCACUUGUUGUAAGCAGUACGAGCUGGACUCCCGAUGAAGAUUUUGGCAUUCUCUUGGAAGCUGCUGUAAUGUAUGACAGACGUGUUGCUGCUAUAUUAGGUGAAGAUGAUUCAUUAGACGAGGAGGUCAUCUGGAAAGAAAUAUCCGAUGGAAAACAAUGUUUAUAUCCCAGAUUGUUAUUCAUCAUUACUGGUAAAGGUCCUGAAAAAGAAAAGUACGAGGCAAAAAUAAAGAGAUUGAAACUUAAACGUGUGGCAUUUCGUACCAUGUGGCUAUCUGCUGAAGAUUAUCCAUUAUUGCUAGGAUCGGCUGAUCUAGGAGUUUGUUUGCAUACUUCAUCAUCGGGAUUAGACCUUCCCAUGAAGGUUGUUGAUAUGUGUUGUGGACUGCCUGUUUGUGCCGUUUAAUACUCUUGCAUUAAAGAACUAGUUAGAGUUGACAAAAUUGGUCUUCUCUUCUCUACAUCUUCAGAGCUAGCCGAUGAACUUCUGAAUAUGCUGUCUCAAAUUUGA